AUGACUCCAAAAGACGUAGUUGACCAGAAAAGAAUGAAUACAUUAUCAAAAUCAGAGAGUACGUUAAUUCAAAGGAGAACCAGAGCCGUCAUUCCAUACAGCGCUGCCUUCGAAAAGAAAUGGCAAGAAACUGAUGAAGAGAAAAGACAAGAGCUCAUUAAGAAGGGAGUGACUUCCAAGCUUCCAGAAAUUAUCAAGUGUGGAUACAAGACUCUUGACCUGAUUUACUACUUUACUGCUGGAGAGGAUGAAGUGAAAGCUUGGACAAUUAAGCGAGGAACAAAAGCUCCACAAGCUGCUGGUAAAAUUCACUCUGAUUUCGAAAAAGGCUUCAUUUGCUGUGAAGUUAUGAAAUUCGAGGACUUUAAAGAACUUGGAAGCGAAGUUGAGUGCAAGAAUGCCGGAAAGCUCAAGGAAAAGGGUAAAGUCUAUGAAGUAGAGGAUGGUGACAUUAUUUUCUUCAAGUUCAACGUUGCUGGAGGUGCUAAGAAGAAGUAA